AUGACUGGAAUAUGCCAAAUUGCUCCUAAUUCAUCUGAUGAAUACAAAAAUCUUUUAGCCAAGAUAAAAGAAAUGGAGAAAUCCAUGGUCGAUGUACAUGGUGAACUCACCACAAUGCAUAAAGCCAUUUGUGCUGGUUUUGGACAAGGAAAUGGAUCCCAGACAUCUGCUUCUGUUUCUCUUGAUAAUCUUUCUGUUGCUGCCAGCUCCAUUGUCAGAAUUCCUGCUGGUAUUGCUCCUGAAAUCAGCUGUGAAAACAAGGGCAAAGUCUUUGUAAGGUAUAUGCGGAGGGACAAAUUUACUUCCAAUGAUUCUACCCUUGUCAGUGCCAACGAGACAAAGCCAAGGUGGGAAACGGAUGUCUUCUUUAAUAGAAGCCCUAACAAGGAGAUUGUUGCCAAUCUUCUUGGUUACCUGCUCCCAAAGUUUGUUAGGCAGGGUAUAAAAACAAGCGAAUUCCGUACUAUGGUGCAAGCUGCCACUAACGCUCGUGGAAGACGAGCUGCAAGAGAAACUGAACACUUCAACCGCCGUGUAAUGGCAUAUGUGUUAAACAAGGAUGUCAUUGAUGCUUUAAUGAAGAGAAACUGUUCUGGGAUGAUGAUCAGAUCAGCAAUGUCUGAAGGCGAGUCAGAGGAUGAGUUUCCUGGGAGACCUUGCAAGUGCAUUGUAAAGGUUACCCGUCCUUUUUGGAGAAGUGAUGAUUUUAACAACCUCAUCUUCAACAUUGAUGAGAUUGUGAAAGAAAACUUGGGUAACAACAUUUGCCAGUUGUUAGACAGAAAUCUCACCAGCCUGUCUGAGAAACCAGUUCCCAAUGACAUCGCGUUAUGUUUCCCUCCAUGGACCCUUAGAGAUGGGCCACAAUAA